CUUUGGUAGAACGUACAACAGCGUAGUUAGAUUCAACUUGGACGUAAGGAAAGUUGUUUAAUAUUUAUUUUACGUACGAUUUAGACAUUCAUGAGCGGGUAUUCUGUUCUUUUAGUUGGAUUCCUCACUGCUUUGCUGUGUGUGGUUUCGUACUAUUUCGCUCCGAAAGGAAGUAAUACAAAUACAUGGCAAAUGACAUUUAUCUUAACUUUUUCUUGCUGCUACAUUUUAUGGGCCAUAACUUAUCUGGCACAGCUGCAUCCCCUGGAGGCUCCUACCCGCGUCCUGGAGUAGUUUGUCUCAAAUGAAAGAAGCGUGAAGGAUCAUCGUCGUCAUUCAUUAUAUCCUUAUAUAACUUGAAACAAUUUGGAUGGAAACUAUUCUCUCCGGUUUUUGACGCAUUGUCUUUCCAAAAGCCUGUUUUUCACGAAAGAUCCCAAACCCUUUUUGACAUGUAUGUCUACCUACUUUAUAAAUGUUCCCCCUUUGCCAAGUUUGCGUGAAAUACAACUUCUCGUAUUCAGUUCUUCCACUAGAACAUAGCUUCUCUUUAAAACGUUGAAACAAAUAAUGAAAGUCGUUAUGUAAAUGACAAAGAUGCAGAUUUUGUACGUAAGUAGUAG